AUGCAGCAGUUCAUCCCAUUCCAGCAGCGAAGAUCACUGCGGAAAGUAACUGCGGGCCUUAUGCACUCCAACGUUGCACUCUCGGAUGCUUGCUUCGUUGCGGGGUCACUUGGUAAUUUCGGCGAUGAUGCAAAGCAUCCCUCAUACCUCAAGAAGCUCGUUAUGGGUGGGGAAGUCUACCUGGGUCAAACAGGCUUGGUCCUGUUUUCUGAAUAUGUCGAGGCUUCAUGCUGA